GAUUUUUAGGUAAAUUAGAGUCUGGUUAGACCUAUUUAAACUGGAUAAACUUGUUUGUUAUAUCUUCUCAGAGGGACACGCCUAUGAUAGGCGGGGUGCAGUGAUGAUAAUUUUAUAAGAUGAACAAAAGGAUAAGUGCCAAGAAUGAUGGUGCAUCCAUAUAUCUAAUAGCGUGUAUCCAAUGGCAGAGGAAGCUGACUAUAUAAUACUUGUGUGUCUCCUCCUCCUCCUGUCGUAUGGCGGAGUGCUCUGGAUCCUAUGGAUGUGUGGAGUUGGAAUGAUCCUCUCAUCCCUCUUUUUCUGGGUGGGUAGAGUGAUCCUUUCUGGGAGCAAAGUGAUCCUGUUGGUAUGCAAAGUGGUUCUCCCCUUUUCCCUGCUCGUGGGUGGAAUGCUCCUCUCCCUCCGGCUCAUUAAUAUGGUGGGUGAAGUGGUCAUCUCCCUCAUCCUCUUGUGGGUCGUUGGAAUGGUCCUUGACUUCCUCCACAUGUUGGUAGGCAGAGAAGUCCUCCUCCUUUUGGUAAGUGGAGUGGUCCUCUCGUUCAUCCUGUUAUAUGCUAGUGGGCGGAGUGGUUCUCCUCCUACUUCUGUUAGUAGUGGUCCUCCCCAGCUUCCUUGUUUUGUUAGUGGACGAAAUGGUUAUCCUCCUCCGGCUCCUUUUGUUAGUGGGUGGAGUGGUCCUCCCCAGCCUCCUCCUGUUAGUGGGCAAAGUGGUUCUCCUUCUGUUAGUGGGCGGAGUGGUUCUCCUCCUCUGGCUUCUGUUAGUAGGAGGAUUGGUCCUCCCCAGCCUUCUAGUUCUGUUAGUGGGCGGAGUGGUUCUCCUCCUACUUUUAGUCGGCGUAAAGAUCCUCCCCAGUCUCCUCUUUCUGUUAGUAGGCGGAGUGGUUCUAGUAAGCGGAGUAGUUCUAGUAGGAGGAGUGGUCCUCCUCCCCAGUAUUCUCCUGUUAGUGGGCGAAGUGGUUCUCCUCCUCUUUUUGUUAGUGGGAGGAGUGGUUCUCCACCUUUUGUUAGUAGGCGCAGUGGUCCUCCUUGGUCUCCUCUGGAUCCUUCUGUUUGUGUGCAGAGUAGUUCUCCCUUUCUUCCUCUUUCUGAUGGUGUGCAUAAUAAUCUUCUCCCUGAUCAGUGGAGUGGUCCUCCGCCUUCUCCAUCAGCUCUUCCAAUAAUUUAUAAUGCACAUGGGAAUCUCCUCUCUAGUACUGGAGCUGGUAUAAUAUUAACAUCUGUUCCUCAAAGUCAAAUUGUGUCAAAAUUGAUGAAUCUUCAUUGUCAGUUCAUACCAUUAUUGCAAGAUCCUCAAGUAUUUCAAAAUAUAGAGCAACAGUAUGGUGUGAAGUUCAAUGUAACGCUUCCUAAUGGCUCAACCAAACCUAUUGUUGCUCUCUCCAGUACUAUAGCUAGUGCAAUGUCUGGUUCUUAUCCAUUGACUAUUGAGAGUAUUUCUGAUUAUUUAUCAAACUCUGAUGCUGGUGGUAUUUCUUGGAACUUUUUUGAUGAUCAUCAGUUCCAACCUAUGAGUCCUACUGAUUCUGCUGAAAUUGAAAAACUCUAUCAGCAGUUUCUUCAUCGACCAUCACGAAGUCAAGCCAGGCGUAAAUUGCCAUAUUCUAGAAAAAUCGGAGAAUGGAACUACAGUUAUGAUUUUGAUGGUAUGGUUCAGACAAACACUGAAACACAGAAAAAGCGUGAAAUCAAGCGUAUAGAUCUACCAGCUCUAGAUUUGUUUUUCCUCUGCCUAUCCUGUCAGGGUUUAAAAGGUGGUGUCCAAGCUUCUAUAGCUAGUUUACAUGAGACAUUAAAAGGGAUGAUAAUCAAGAAAACAUUUGGAGGCUGCAGUACUGAUAUUAUGGAGCCUAUCAUUGAAUUAGCGAGAUCGUUUUGUGUAAAAGUAGAUUCAUCACUUAAUAGCAUUUUGAUAUCUGGUGGCAGUGAUUAUUUGACUAAAGUAUUUCUUGUUUUAAGACAGAAAAAAAUGAGUCUUGAAUCUACUCCACUUUCAUCUUUUCCUCCAGAGUGGGAGCCACAGACUAAGAACAUUAUACUGAAAUUCGUUCCAGUAAGUUCUUUUGAGGGGGCAAAGGUAGUGAGUGCUUUCAAGAAAACAAUGAAUGCAAAUGUUUCUAAAAUUGAGAGGAUCCAGAACAAGUUUUUAUACACCAAAUAUGGCCUGUGCAAGAAAAGGAUGCAUGAGAAGAAUAAUGGACGAGUAAAUGAGAAAUGGUUAUUUCAUGGAAGCAGUAGAGUUCCUCCAGAAACUAUAUACAAAUCAGAGCAUGGCUUUGAUUUUCGUCAUGGUGCCCAAGGCAUGUGGGGGAGAGGAGCAUAUUUUGCAGUUAAUGCCCAGUACUCUGGGGGUUCUUAUGCUUUUAAUUCUCCACAAGGUCAACAGAUUUUUUUAGCCUUUGUUUUAACUGGUGACAGUAUAGCAAUGCAGAGUAAUAGGUCAUUAGUCACUCCACCCAGUAAAGAGGAUGGCAGUGGAGAUUAUGACAGUGUAAAUGGCGAGACUGGUUCAUCUCAGAUUUAUAUUGUAUAUGAUCACGACAAAUGUUAUCCAGCUUAUCUUAUUACAUUUUAACAGUAGUCUAUCAACUGUAAACUUUUAUAUUUUUGUAUAAUUUACGAUUGAAAUUAUUAUCUUAAUUAAAAUGAAGUGCAAUAAUAAA